AUACACAAAAUCAGAUCAUUCAGACAACUGUGUGCGCUGAUUAAUUAGUCCAAACUUGAAAUCUAGCUUUCAAAAUCCUCCAAAAGACCGUUUUUGCCGAUAUGUUCUAUAGAACUGGAGAAUAACCAUAAGCAUGAGUCAGACCACACGCGCGCAAACGAGAAGCAAGAGGUGUGUCAUAUUUCCGACGAGCCCCCAUACAGGCACACCAAUAAGAGGACAUCGUACCACCAACCGUCUACGCCGGAGGCACAUGUGCCCCCCUCAUAUUUAAAGACGCCUUUAAGCGGGCAGGUGCAGACUGACGCUGAAGUUCAUGUGUGAUAAUUCCUCCAUUCAAACAUUAAUUUGGCUAUACACCCAUUAUACACUGAGAUGCAAAACAGAUUCCCACUACAAGUUAUUUUCGCCUUAUCGUCGCUCAUUUUAUCCAAAGCACAAGAUGUGAAUGGAUCAGAUCACUCCUGUCUCAAAUCGAGUGCCGCAGAUGAUGGAAAGACGCGCGUCACGUUUCUGCGGGAGGAUGCAGCCGGUGUGCGCUCCCUGUACCUCACCCUGUGGUCCGAGGAUACGCGACCGGUAGCAUGCGAGGUAAAUACCGAUCCUCUCGUUACGGAUGGAUACCGCACCUAUUGCGACACAAGCGGCACCCAGGGUCAAGAAAUCCCCCAGAGGUUUAAUAUCAGUUUACUGUUUGCUCCGGAUGCUCCCUGCGCCCUCUCCUCCUCCAGUGCGCCAAAGUUUACCAGGCGCACGAGAAGUGAUGGGUCAGCAGGAAAAACUCGGAAGAAACGCUCCUGGUUUUUCCCAGGGACUCUGUGGUGCGGCACUGGGAGCAAAGCAAGCAAUUAUGAACAGUUAGGGAUGUUUCAGACUGCAGAUAAAUGCUGCCGUGAGCACGACCACUGCCUGCAUGUCAUUUUGGGUCUCACAAAAAAUUACGGACUCUUCAACCCCAACUUCUUCACUGUCUCACACUGUAAUUGCGACCAAAGGUUUCAACAGUGCCUUCUCAGCGCGAAUGAUACCAUUGCCAGCAUGGUGGGCUACACCUUCUUUAGCGUCCUGAAGGUUCCCUGCUUUGAGCUCAAAAUGCAGAAGAGAUGCACUGAGAUGUACUGGUGGGGAGCAUGCAAAGAGUCCGGAAAGGCCCCCCAGGCCGUCCUCAGAAGUCCACUCCCAUUCAACACCUCUAGAAAACACAGUAAUAACCCUGACAAAAGCGUGUCAACAAGUAACAAGGGGCAGAAUGCCGACAAAAGCUCUGUCAUCAAAUCAAGCGAAACAUCACCCAAAAGUGAACAUAGAUGCCGCUCCAACGACGUUACUAAAGAAGACACUUUCCACGUCAGACAGGAAAAUGGAAAAGGAUGCAAAAGACACAGAAAACUGAAUACGGUAGCUCCCUCCCAAAUCGCCCCAAUGUCAAGGGCACACACCACUACCUCCUCAAUAAAAACAUUUAUUUUCAAUGUUUCAAAAAGUAGUGCGCCAAACAAAAAAAAAGGUGGAAAAAAGAACAGCACCAGAAAGGGCCUGUCGGCUCACACGACACAAAGAAGCAGAAUAUCACCACAAGUGACCACAAACUCUCAUUGGCAUACAACAUCUACAACACAGAGCACCCCAUCUUUAACAGAAGAGCCAACGCUUCAGCUGCACUCAGCGACGACAAUCAUCACGGCAGUCACCAAAACCACCACAAAUCGCAAAAAAAAUCCAAAACAAAGUCCCUGUUGUGGAUUCAAGGUGCCUAUGAGAGGUGAUAAUUUUGAUCCUCAUUGUAAAGGUUGCCUACGACAAAACAUGACAUAUAACACGACAACCGCUUCACCCUCAACAUAUGGAUUACCAACAGCUAACAAGCUCAAAAAGACAACAGAAACACCCAAAGAAGACACCUUGAGAAAACUCUGGAGUACAACUACUUCUGCAACGCUACUCACAACAAAAGUCAAGACAACAGCCUCCACACAUAAGCAUGGCAAGCCACAAAAGCAGAUGGAGUCCCCUCUACUACAGAAUAAUACAAACAACCAGCGCCUGUGUGGGAGCCUCAAACAUCUGGAUGACUGUAAAUACAAAAUCCAACCUCUGGAGAAGAAGUAUGGUCUGCAGAACAUGGAGUCAAAGAGUGCUUACCACUGUGACUGCACCAGCCGCUUGGCUGUUCAGAUUGAAAGCUUCAAGCAAGCCAGUAUUCUCCCCACGCUACUGAUGGAUUUCGUCUCUCAAUACUGCUUCAAACUGCCAGAGGGGAAGAAAUGCCACCGCAGAAAAAGCUGUUCUGGAGGCUUCACUAAAGCCUCUGACCUACUUCAAGCACUUAAGAUGAUAGAGGAAAAAGACACUGCUGGGGUGCGAAAAUCAGGCAAUUUCCGAAGAAGAGGGAUUCCUGUUCGUCUUUAUAAGCGAUGCCUAAGGCUGGAGAGAGAAGCCACGAUUAUGGCACAGUUCACAUGAUUUUUGACUAAGCUUCUAUGUGCAGCAACAAUGAAUUUUAUAAGCUUUAUAGAUCAUGCAGCAUUUUCUAUUUCUCUCUGGUGGUGUAAAAUGGCAUUGUGUUGGAAAACAUUCAAGGGCUCGAAUAA